AAUUUAAAGCUGCUAAAGAAAAAAAAUUAAUUAUCAAUUAAGCAGAGUGAAAAAGAAAAGGAGUGAUGGCAAAAGAAGUAGUUUUGGCUUGCAUUAGGACUGAUCCAGAAAAUGUUGAGGUAAUGAAGGAGCCUUUUGUGAAGGCCUUGAGAAAUGAGUGGGAAAGCAUUAAAACAGUCUAUCAGACCAAACGUUAUGCUUUAUUCGAUAGCCUCACUCCUUGUGAAGACACUGUUUUCCACAUUGCAGCAUACAUGGGAAGCGUAAAGCUGCUCCGAGCCCUCUUCGAAAUGGUCCCGCUGUCUAGAAAAUGGGAGGUGUUGGUGAUGAAGAACAUUCAUGGCAACACCCUUCUCCAUGAGGCGGCCACCAACAAGAAUGUUGAUGAGGGGCUUGAGGCAGUAAAAUUCUUGGUUGAGAUCGCACAUGGAGAACGAGAGAAAAUGCUGAUGGACCAAAAUGGGUUAGGGGAGACGCCGCUAUACAGGGCUGCGGCAUUUGGUACCAAAGCGACAGUGGAGUACUUGGCAAAUGAAGUGGAGAAGGAAGUGGGAAUUCUGCAAGGCAACUUCACAAGAACCUAUGAUAAUCUCCCCAUUCUUCAUGUUGCUAUCAUGAAUGAAAAUUUUGAGACAGCUAUCUGGUUACUAGACAAAGAUCCAGAUCUAGCCAUGCUGAAGGAUUUUGAGAAGACAUGUCUUCAAGUUCUUGCAGGCAUGUCGACUUCUUUCAAAAGUUCUUCUGGAAAAAUGUCUGGAUUGAAGGAGACUAUAUAUAGAAAAUUUCCACACGACUUGGUCCACAAAGAUGAAACUGAUCAGCAUGUACCAAGUCAGUGCUGCGAGACCAGGAAUAGCCAUCAACCAAUGAUAGGUUAUACAAGUUUAAGCAUGCACCGUUGUUUAUGGAUUCGUUUUUGGACGAUUCUUGAAGAAUGGCAUUAUAUUAAAGAAAUAAGAGAAAGGAGGAGGAAGCAUGAGUUAGGAGCUAAAUUGGCCGAGAUGCUGGUAAAGAAGGAUUCUUCCUCGUGGCGUAAGCACUACCAUUUAGAAGAGCACAACACCAAUAUUUGCUUUUUAAGAGACAAAGAAACAGCUGGCGAAGAAGAGAGUGAGGUAUCGUCCAAAACCGGAGGCAUUGGCGCCACUGAUGUGUCACUGUCGGAUACUCCAUUGAUAAUCGCCGCCAGCACUGGGAUCCUGGAGAUCGUAGAGAUGAUUCACAAAGAGUAUCCUCAAGCAUUGGAGCAUGUGACUGAGAAUGGACAGAAUAUUCUGCACGUGGCCAUUCUAUACCGUCGAAACGACAUCUUUGAAUAUGUCGACAAGGAGGGUGGAGCGGUGAACAGUAGGCUGGUUUUAGGGAUCGACAACGAUGGCGACACCAUUCUGCACAAAGCGGCCAGUACCAAAUACUAUCACGGAGGAACCAAAUCAACGAUAGCUCUGAAGCUGCAAGAGGAGCUGAAAUGGUUCAAAGAGGUGGCAAAAAAGGUUCCUGCUUCUUACACAAUCCACCGCAACAAGAAAAAUAAAACGGCAAAGGAGCUGUUCAAAGACCAGCACCAAGAACAACUUAAAGAGGCACAAGAAUGGGUCAAGAACACCUGUCAGUCAUGCUCCACGGUGGCCGUCCUAGUCGCCACGGUUGUCUUCACUGCCGUCUUCACCGCCCCAGGUGGUUUCAAAGAGAAUGAAGGGUAUGCAGUCCUUGAGAAGAAGCCUCUAUACUCUUUUUUCACUGUGAUGGACGUGGCUGGACUGGCGAACUCGUUGACUUCGGUGGUAAUCUUCCUUUCUGUGCUCACAUCAUCGCUUGAUCUGGCAGAUUUUCAUAGUACCAUACCCCGGAAACUAGCAUUUGGCUUCACCUGUCUGUUCUUGGGCAUUGCAACCACCGUUCUUUCCUUCACGGCCGCCAUUAUCCUCACCAUUCAUUUGAAGAAGGCAUGGACUGCGUCAUUGACCUACGCUGCUGCAUUCCUUCCAGUCGGCGUCUAUGCGAUUGUGCAAUUCGGUCUGUACAUCGAAUUCUUCAACAGUGCUGUCAUCAGCAUUUUAGAGUUGGUGAAGAUGCUUCUCCCCGGGAUAUGAUGUUAACUUUUUUUUAGUAUGAAGAUUAUCUGUAUAAUUAAUAAUUACUUUAU